AUGGCGCAGGGUGGGGGUGUGGGGGGGUGGCGUGCGCUCUCCUCCAACCCCAUCCCACGGGGGGGUGCGCGGAUGGGGGCGUGGGAGGAUGGUGUGCGGGGGGGGGGCGGUGUGGGGGUGAGGGGUGGGGGGGGGGGAGGGUGGCGGUGGGUGGGGGGCAGAGGGGGGGCGGGGGAGGGGGGGAGGGUUCGGGGGGGCGGCGAGGGGGUGGGGUUGAAGUGGGGGGGGGAGGGUGGAGGACGACGUGGUGAAAGGGGGCGGGGGGUGGGGGGAAGGUGGCGGGUGGGGAGCGGGGCGGGGGGAGGGGGGUGGGGGUGGGAGGUCGGGGGUGGGGGUGCGGGUGGGGGGGCCGGGGGGGGGUGGGGGGGGGGGGGGGGGGCGGUAGGGGAAGGGGGGGGGGGGGAGGGCGGGGGUGUUUGGGUGGGGUGCGGGUGGGGGCAGGAGGGGGACCCGAGGGGGCGGGGCGUAGACAGGGGGAAUGAAGGGCGGCGUGGGGGGGGGAGUAGGGGGGUAGGGGCGGCGGCCAGGGGGGGUUGGACCGGGGAAGGGCGGGGGGGGGGGGAGGGGGGGGGGGGGGUGGGUACGGGGCGGGGGGGGGUGGGGGGGGGGGGGGGGCGAUGUAGAGGGGUGGGGUGGUUUGGAGGGGGACGUCGGGGGUAG